AUGACGCUGUCCAGUGCUCCACCUCUGCGCAGGGGAAGCACCCCGGUGCCAAUCAAGCACCAGCUGAGGCGGGAGGAGGCCGUCAACGAGGACUGCGAUUGGACGUCGGGCCUUGGCGGGCAGUCGCCUCCGCCAAUCAGCUUUUGCCCGGCUCCAGAGGAGUUUGGGGGGCCCCCGGGGGUGGACGCCGGCGGCAGACAUGGGGGCCCCUUGCGGAUAGCCCUCCUGGGACAGAACGGCGUGGGGAAGUCCUCGCUGGCCAUCGCCCUGGCUGGAGAGACGGACAGGACGGCCUCUGUGGACUCAGAGGGGGAAGGUUAUGUGCGCACGGUAACCGUGGACGACGAGGAGAGCACCAUCGUUAUCUAUGACAACUGGAGACAGGACCUCUCCACGCUGCAGUGUGACGUGUGUGUGCUGGUGUUCUCUGUGACGGACCGGCGUAGUUUCCACCGCACGGCCCAGCUCCGCCUGCUGCUGAGGGAGACGCAGCCCCACACCCCCAUCAUCCUCGUGGGCAACAAGAGCGACCUGGUGCGCUCCCGAGAGGUCAAUGCGGAAGAGGCCCGCUCCAGUGCGUCCCUGUUCGGCAGCCUGUACCUGGAGCUGUCCACCACCCUGGAGCACCACACGCUGGAGCUGCUGGAGGCGGCGGUGCGGGCGGCCCGGGGCGAGAGCCUGGAGUCUCUGGGGGGCGGUGGAGAGGACGGGGCCGGGGGCGGCCGCCGCGAGAGCCUCACCACCCGCGCCAAGCGCUUCCUGGCCAGCCUGGUGCCACGCUACCCCCGGGAGAGGGACCGGGAGGCGGGCAAGUUCUUCCGGCAGAAGUCCCGCUCCUGCCAUGACCUGGUGGCCUUGUGA